AGUGUGGCCAUUGUAACGUUAUACAGAAAAUACCGCGUCAGUGUGCCUGCCCCAAUAGAGCAUAGUUAGGGUAUCAAAAAUCCAAGUUCGAAUAAUUCCAAAAAUAAAACUCGCACCGCGGACGACGCACGUCGGACGACCGUCGACGGAAUAGACGAAGUUAUCAGCGUUUCGCUCCGCGAUAAAAAUUACGAAAAAUUCGCUAAUCUCCGGGACUGUAUUGGUUUCCUGUUAACUAAAAAAAAAAUAAAUUAAAGUAUUAAUAUCGCUGCGCGUUCAGCAAUGUGCGGGUAAAACAAUAGGCGGCAAUAACUCUGGCACCCAACAUAAAAGUGCGAGCGAGAGCGAGCGAAGUGGCCGUGCGUCCCUUUCCCACCCACCGUACGCAACAAACGAAACGAAAAUAAAACGCAAGCAAAAAGGAGAAAGAACAAAUAACGCCCACCGUAACACCCCCAGCCCCCGCCCCCUCUUACGCUUGUUGACGAAGCAGCAGCAGUAAAAGAAGAAGAAGAAGAGGCAUCAGCACAAGCAGACGGCAGAAUUGGAGCUUUGCGCAGAAAUCGAUUUUUUUGCCCAUUUUAAGAGAUUUUCGGGAGCCUCUCCCACUGCUGUUCCCCAAAGUCGCCUCUGCGUCCGUGUGUGUGUGUGUGCUGGUGUUUGUGCGGGCGAGCGUGUUUGCGCGAAAGUGAAACAAACAAAAGUAGCCAGGAAUUUUGCUAAAAAGAAGCCCAAGAUUAUUUUAAUUGUGGUGAUAUCGGGCGUGUGGGGGUUUUGCCAGCAAUCUUGCCGUUUUCUCGCCCCGUGAGUCACAAAAAUCAUUCAGCUUUAGCUUUUUAGCUGCUGGCAUUGAAGAGGUGCUGCCGCAGCCGCAGCCACAGCCGACGUCGCCGCCCGCAAACACGCGCUCUCACUAUCUCUCUCCGCCUGUCUCUCUUGCGAAAAACUUAAGAAAACGGGGCGCAAGAGCAGCACAUAAAAUAAAAAUAUUAACCGAAAGUUUCCAAGUGCAGGCAGCCGCAUCGGAGGAAAAGUGAAAGAAAAGUAAAAUAUACUUAAUAGCAUCCACAAAAAAAAAAAAAUAAAAAAGAGCGGCGCCCCUCAAGCAACGGAAAAUCAAUAAAAAGUCUCUCAGUGGCAAAAAGGCAAAAAGAAAAAAAAAACAACGUGCAAACAAGUUAAAAAGCAAGCUGCAAACUCCGCGCGGGCUUGCACGUGUGUGUGUGUAUGUGUGUUAACGUCUAACUGCUAAUCGCAAACCGCGUAACAAAAGCUUACGUAAAGCUUAGCGAAAAACACAAAAACAACGAAGCGAGAGCAACAAACGCAACAAAAAAAAAAACACAGAAACCCCAGAAAACCCACACCCCCCCAAAAUCAUCUAAUAACUCUAUCAAAAAAAAACCCAGUUAAGCAAAAGCAACAAAAAUGACGAAAGACAGAUUAGCCGCUCUGCAUGCCGCCCAGUCCGACGACGAGGAGGAGACAGAGGUGGCCGUCAACGUGGACGGCCAUGACUCCUACAUGGACGACUUCUUCGCCCAGGUGGAGGAGAUCCGGGGCAUGAUCGACAAGGUGCAGGAGAACGUCGAGGAGGUGAAGAAGAAGCACUCGGCCAUACUGUCGGCCCCCCAGACGGACGAGAAGACCAAGCAGGAGCUGGAGGACCUCAUGGCCGACAUCAAGAAGAACGCCAAUAGGGUGCGCGGCAAGCUCAAGGGCAUCGAGCAGAAUAUCGAGCAGGAGGAGCAGCAGAACAAGUCCUCGGCGGAUCUGCGAAUCCGCAAGACCCAGCACUCGACGCUGUCCCGGAAGUUCGUCGAGGUGAUGACGGAGUACAAUCGCACCCAGACGGACUACAGGGAGCGCUGCAAGGGAAGAAUACAGCGUCAGCUGGAGAUCACCGGCCGGCCGACCAACGACGACGAGCUGGAGAAGAUGUUGGAGGAGGGCAACUCGUCGGUGUUCACGCAGGGCAUCAUCAUGGAGACACAGCAGGCGAAACAGACGCUGGCGGACAUCGAGGCCCGCCACCAGGACAUCAUGAAGCUGGAGACGAGCAUCAAGGAGCUGCACGACAUGUUCAUGGACAUGGCCAUGCUGGUGGAGUCGCAGGGCGAGAUGAUCGAUCGCAUUGAGUACCAUGUGGAGCACGCUAUGGACUAUGUGCAGACGGCAACUCAGGACACCAAGAAGGCUCUGAAAUACCAGAGUAAAGCGCGACGAAAGAAGAUCAUGAUACUGAUCUGCCUCACUGUGCUGGGCAUCUUAGCGGCCUCAUAUGUUAGCAGUUAUUUCAUUAUUCAAGCCACCAAGAACUAGCAUGCACAUGCUCAUCGAGGCCUGUAAUCCGCAUAAUAUUAUACAUUAAAUAAUUUGUAGUACAACCGAACCACACAGAAAUGCCAUGCAAUAUUAUUUAUGCAAAACGUAAUGUAUUGUAACACUCUCGAGAGAAAGACACGCGGAGAAACGCUUUCGCUUUAAGUAGGAACUGCCUUUUGUUAAUGCACCUGGAAAGCCACCACAGGGCUGCGCCAAGUGGUGAAUUUCUAUCGAUUACCCACCACUCGCAACUGUCAGAGUUGCAUUCUGUGCACGUUUUUUCCACUUCCGUUUUCCACUUUUGAUCUUUUGUCGAACGAGAAGAAUGCCCCAAUUCGCCACGACAACAGCAACAACCAGCACUUGACCACAACAACAACAACACCCAGCCAACACCGCGUUUAAAUCAAAUCAAAACCACUAUCGUAAUCGACGCCGACUUCGUAUUAUGCCAAUCAAUCAAACUGCAUUUGGGUAUCGAACAACCACAAAAUGCAAUCCAUAAGCCCGAUAACAUAUAAACAAAUCAAUUGUAACACGCGACUCCGCCCCGCCAGUUCCAGUUCGUCAGUUCUUUCCCGCUUCCAGUUACCAGUUACCCAGCGACAGCUACAGCUACAGCUUCCAGCGAGAAACAGCUGCAGUGCCCCAUUCCCGUGCACCGAGAUAAAGCCCGAACGCAGCCGCACAAUGCAUACAAAUGAGCGGAGGAGGCCCGGAGUCACGUAGCUGCCAGGAUGGAGGAGGCCCCGCCUCACAAGCAACACCAAGAGGUGGCUCUAAUUAAGACGGGCCUGGUCUGGUUAGGUCUGGUCUGGUCUAAGGGCCCGCCUGGCCAAAAUUAAUGGAACCCACGAGUGGCAGAGCAUUUUCGGCGUUCACACAAAUUAAAUUCCAUCAAGUUUAUUUGCUGAAAAUGAAGCGGCAGCAUAAGCAAGGCCAGGACAAGGCAGGAGCAGCAGAAGCAGAAGAAUGGAGGAGCAACAGCCGCCGCCACCCCAGAUGGUCUUAAUUUAAUUUCCCCGCCUCCCGAAACCCUUUCUCCAGCUCAGCCCCCAACGCUGAGAGCUAGCACGUGUUGCCAUGUUACCAUUUACAAUUUCCAUUUAGAGCCGAAGGAGUAGAAACACCGUUCAGGGCCACGACACACGACAGGACACUACAAAACAAAGCAAAGAGCUAAAUCAGAGCUGGCAUGAUCUGUACGGUUUAUAUUCUUUAAAUUCUUCGUGUAAAUAGUCAUUAUAAUUAUUAUUGUGGUCUGCAGUAAGCCCCCAAACGUCCUUAAGGAUGCGAGAAAGAAACAAAAAUAAUAUUUAUUAAAAAAUUUCAUAAUUGUGCAUCUCCCACAAAUGCUAUGAUUAUAAAAUUAAAAAACAAGGAGACGAUGAUUAGAGGGAAAUCUAUUAAUUAGUAAUUAUUAUAAUGUGAUGUUAAAUAUAUAAAUCAAUCGAUAAAAAAUAAAAACUAAAGCAAAUUGAAAAGAAAACAAAAAUUGUUAACCAGCAUAACAGAUUUCACUAAGUAGAUUUUUCGAAUUAAAUUAAAAUUUAAAGUAUAGAAAAACGAGAAAAGCCAGAAAAAAAUCUUUCCUGUAUACACGAGAUAAAACUGUGUUUUUCCACGUAACUAAUGAACAUGUAAAAUGAUUUUUCAACCUUAGAUUGCCCUAUAUACCUUAAUAAACAAAUAUAUACAUAAACAAAAUUAUACAAAUAUAAUUACACUUUCUAUGUAAAUGUUGUGCGUAUAUAAAGAUUAACGAAAGUACAGAGCCCGAUUUCGAGACCUUUUAGUUUGUUUAUGUGUGUGCAAUAUAUCCUCCUCUAUUCGCGCUUGGCUUAAUCGACAGCAUUUUGGGCCUUAAACCGACCUACUCAAGCCUUACUUAUUAGCCAGAAUUCUUCAGAUCAAUAUAACCAAGUAUAUAUCCCCGGGGGAGGAGAGCAACCCCCUCACAAUGAUUGUUCUACUACUACGUGAAUGUGUUCGUUUAUAAUCUUGUAUAAAAGCACGCUCUCCUCCCCGCUCAGACACGAAAUGUUUGUAAAAUAUAUUCGACAAGGCAGAAAUACGAAAUUAACUAAUAAUAAUAAAUAACACCUCUGGGAGUACAGAGGGAAGACACUUUAGUUUUUCUUCUUGAAUCGCAUUUCUUCCACUUUUUACCAAUCAAAGAUACUUGAAAUGAUAAAUUGAACGAAAGGAGAAAUGAACUUUGAGUCUCUUCGAUGAUACCCAAGCUCAAAACAAACGACCCCAAAAAGCUGAGACGAAAGUAAUGUUUAAGAAAUGAUAGGUUCUAUUAUUUAGUUGUUCUGUUAUUUAUAUGUUAGACCUAGGUUCUGUAUAAUUUAUCAUUAAGUUUUGGCUCCGCAAUAAAAUCAGAAAACUGCAUAUAAUUUCUAUAAUUUGUCUUAUUUUGUCAUUUUUAGUUUGACCUAAACGUUUGACAGAAAUUGAUGAGAAGAUUUGCUAAAUUUAAGCGCAAAAGUUCAAUUAAUAAAAAUUAGAAUUUUAAUAUUAACAUAAUUUGGAAUAUUUACAUAUAUACAUACGCAUAUAUAUACAACUCUAUAUAUGAAUAAUUAGUAACAAAUCAAAUCAAUUUCCAUAACAAACCAACAGAAAAAGCAAAAAAAAAAUGAUAAUAUUAUUAGUGACGAGUGCGACGCAGGCACUCGUGCAAUUGUACUUUAAAAUUGAAUAAAAUUCAAAAAACAAAAAAUAAAAAUGAAAGUGGAAUGGAACGGAGCUUCACCGUCGUCGAGCCUCUAAAGACCCGAAAUCCGCGACAGUAAGCCAAGAGGGAGGUCCUGGUGAAGACCAGAACCUAGAUCGGGAGCAUCGGGACAUUGAGAUCGUUAGAGUCAGACACCCAGGGACACGAGCAGACGAACUCACACACAGACACACACUGCGGCGGAGGUGAAGAGUAUUUGAUGGAUUGAUUGAUUGACGAUUAUUAUUGGUAAACGAUGAUGGGUCAUGCAUUGGGAGCAGCAAUAGCAACAAUAAUUCCAGGCAUAUCGAAGCAUUUUUACUCAGCCCUCGAGGACGACAGCAAUCAGCGAAAUCGGCAACCAAAACUGAUGGCAAUAAUAAACAAAAAGAAACCAAUACGGGAUCAGAGAGCGAGGACGGACAGGUAGACGGACACAGGACCCUCGACACACUCACACACAAACAAAAACACACACAGUUAAUGCACAAUAAGGACGAAAGCUAACAAGAAAUAUUAACGGGAUUCACAUAUGUAUAUUCAAGAAGCAAUAAAGAAAAUAUAUUUCCAACUAUGAUGAUAGAACAAGAUGAGAACAAAGAAAGUCAGCAACUAACACGAAUAAAUAUUUAUACAUAUAUUUUAAUUAUAGUUACAAAUUAGCAUAUAUAUAAUUAUACAUACAUACAAACCUAUAUAUAUAUAUAUAUACAGAAGAUAGUCCAAAUAAAUUAGCAAGAAAGUAAACCAAACGAAGUAAAAGUUUAAUAUUUACAAAAUAUUAAAAUAUCAAUGUGCAAUUUAACAAGCGUUUAAAACAAACCCAGACACUGACACAGCCACACAGAAUAAUGCUACACCUAUAUAUACACACCUACAUAUGUAAACCGAUUAUAACAGUAUAUAACAAGUCGAUGCAUAUAACGAGCCCAUUUAUAAGACAAUGUUGAGUGGCGAAUGCGAUUUAGUUUUGUGUGCACACCACAAACACCACAGUAAGACCCAGCUUAGAAGGAAAUCAAAAUUCAACAAACAACACGAAAGAACCCUUGCCAAUGGCGGGAAGAAGAGGUUCAUGUCAAGUUUUUGAGCUAAUACUCAUAAUUGUUAAAAAUGUUUAAAUAAUAUAAUAAAAAAAACCAAAAGGAAAAACAAACAAAAAUUAAAGCUAACAAAAAUCCGUAACAAAAACAAAUUGCAUAUUUCAUAUAUUUUUUCUCUCCUUAGAAAAUUUAGUUAAUUAUGAAAAGUAAAACAAACAUUAUACUUAAGUGUUAGUCUUAUAUAUAUAAAUAAAAAAUAAAAACGAUUGAAAAUGAA